ACUUAAAAUGAUCUAAACGGUCGGAACGAAAAACAGAAGGUGUAAAGUAAAAGACAAAGAUAUAGCAAAAGUAUAUUUUAUUGGAUAACUAUUAUAAUCAACGUAUUUUGAGACAGUCAGGGAUAAGCUAUAAAUUGUAUGUAAUUGAACAUGCAAUGAUACAAGUAGAAGAAAACAAAGAGACGUGUGCGUUUAUCUGUGAUAUAUGAAAUCUUACUAGAAAAUUAUAAAGUAUUGAGAUCCAGUUUUAAUCAUUUCUACAUUUUAUCAAAUGACUGUGGAUGGUACUAACAGUAAUGAGCAAGUUAUUCUUGUAACGGGUGGCUAUGAUCAUACUAUCAAAAUAUGGCAACCUCACACAGGAGUUUGCCAACGAACUGCAGAACACACAGAUUCGCAAGUCAAUGCUUUAGACAUAACUCCAGAUAAAUAUCUAAUAGCUGCUGCUGGAUAUCAACAUAUAAGGAUGUAUGACUUGGUUUCGAACAAUCCAAAUCCAAUUAUUAAUUAUGAAGGAGUGUCAAAGAAUAUUACAGGUUUAGGUUUCCAGGAAGAGGGGAAAUGGAUGUAUACUGGUGGUGAAGACUGUUCAGCACGAAUUUGGGAUCUCAGGUCAAGUAGCUUUCAAUGCCAACGAAUAUUUCAAGUGUCAGCUCCUGUAAACUGUGUUUGUCUGCAUCCGAAUCAAGCAGAACUUAUUGUUGGUGAUCAAAGCGGUGUUAUACAUUUGUGGGAUUUACGUUCGGAUCAUAACGAACAAUUGAUACCAGAAGCUGAAGCGUCUGUGCAAGACGUUGCGAUUGAUCAAGAUGGUACAUAUAUGGCAGCAGUGAACAACAAAGGUCACUGUUAUAUUUGGACACUUACCGGGGGUGUAGGCGAUGAACCUACCCGUCUUAAUCCUCGUCACAAACUUUCAGCACACAAACGUUACGCACUUCGAUGCAAAUUUAGCCCCGAUUCUACACUUUUAGUGACUACAUCUGCUGAUCAGACUGCUCGAGUUUGGAAAACUACAGAUUUCUCGGAAGUACAAGUACUUCAACAUGAGGCAAAACGAUGGGUCUGGGAUGCUGCAUUUAGUGCAGAUUCACAAUACAUAUUUACUGCUUCGUCCGAUGGCGUUGCAAGAUUAUGGAAUGUAUCAACAGGAGUAGUAGAACGAGAAUAUCAGGGUCACCAAAAAGCAGUUACUGCUCUUGCAUUUCGUGAUGAAGUACUUUCCGUUUCCUAAACGAGCAGUACAUUUG